GACGAUGGUUAGCUUGAUUGAAAUCUAGCUACGGUAGCAACAGCAAUCUUAUCACAACAGUCACAAAAACAAAGAACAAAAACACACAAAGAAACAAACAAGCAAACAAACCCAAAAUGUCCAAAGGCCCCAUUUCCACCCCACCCACAGAUGCUCCCUUCCAGUCCCCACUGGAAUAUACAUGGGAGGCUCCACACCAACAUGCAUCUCCCAAACGCCCUCCCACUCGACUAGCAGAUGUCGAUGUUGACAUGUAUCUCGUGAAGAAGCGCCAUGUAACGAACGAAUCCAUUGCAUUGCUGUUCCGCAGCACUGGCAACCUCAUGCACUCAUGGUUUUCCAAGGAGGAGGAUCCACAACAACAGGAGCACCAGACAACUUCAGAAGAGUAAGAGUGCACCAUACAUACAAAGAGACAGAGAACUCUGCAGGAACGAGAACUAUUGCCGUUUGCUUGAAUUCAAAAUGACUUCCACCAAAUCAUAUUUCCAAUCUAACCAGAACCUUCCAAUAGUAGAAUUUGGCUUAAAAGAGAAUAACAAUAGAGAUGACUUUUGAUC